AUGGCCGCCCACACGGGGCUCACGCCGGACCACGCCCUGGGCAGGCCGCAGGGAAGCGUUGGGAGAAACCCCUGCUUCGUGCCAGCCUUAGAGGUGGACCGAGCCGCCGACCAGGGCUCGAAGGGCCUCGGCGGGCCCUCGGCAGACCCUUGGCGGGCCAUUGGCGGGCCCUCGGCGAACCCUCGAUCGUCGACGCCGCCGCCGCCGCCGCCCGCGGCAACGCCGAGAGGCACCCCGCCGCGCCAGCGCACCCCGCCGCUCCAGCUCACGCCGCGUGGCACCCCGCCGCGCCCGCCGCCGGUGCCCCUGGCGCGGCAGCCUCUGUCUCCGAAGGACUCCCCGCGCCAGCUGAUCAACGGGGUCACCGCAGGCACGGAGCGGGAGGGGAAGGCGUCGAGCCGCUACGCCAGCGAGGACAACGCGGAGCCCCCGCCGCGCGUGGUCGGCAACAGCCAGCCCACCGAGCCCCCGUCCCCGCAGGAGGGCGCCGCGGCGUUCGUGAGCUUGCGCCACGAGCAGCGCGAGCCGCAGGUGGCGCACCAGCACGAGCCGCAGGCCUCGGACGCCUUCGGCGGCAGGGUCUGGGAGGGGGCCGACAAAGGCACUGACGCCCACGAGGCAGCGAUCGAGAACCAGUGUGCGCCCCUCCUGGACGACAACUCCGUGCCGUCGCUGCAGGAGACGCCAAGUCGAGGCGACGGGCGAGGCGACGGUGCGUACGCCUCGGUGCGAGCGGGCCCCACCUCCAUCAGGUCCGUCGGCUCGCACUUCAACAGGAAAACGAACGCGAGCGGCGCAACCAGGAAAGGCAGCGGCCAGUACACGAAGGCAUCGCUCUACUCGCCGAACGGCGGCGCGGGGGCCGACAGGCCGCCGUCGACCUCGUCGUCGGGGCUGCGGCUAAGCAGAACGUCCGCGGGGAUGGCGCCGCCGCCGCCCAGGAUCUCUGCAGGGGUGGACGUGGACCUGCACGCCAAGCUGAUCCAGAAGGAAAUCGAAAAGGACAAAGCCGAGAUCGCCAAGCUGACAAAGGGCAUCCCGAAGCCACCCAGGAAACACAAGAUAAGAAAGAUCCUCAUGUCGAAAGAGGACAAGACGCUGCUGAACAGGUUCGUCGACAAUCCAAAGUUCGACUUCCUGUGCGCCGGAAUGAUCCUCGCCAACUCGGCGUUGAUCGGAGUUGAAGUGCAGUGGCUGACCUCGCACGAAGAGGAGACGUUCGAGAUGCAGGCGUUCGGAUACGCCUGCAGCGCCUUCUUCCUUGUCGAGCUGAGCCUGCGCAUGGCAAAUCACGGGUGGCGUGACUUCUUCACGAACGAGGAGUGGAAGUGGAACGUGUUCGACGCCCUCUUGGUUGGCAUGUCCGUCCUCGACUUCUUGGUGCUGCAGCUGCUGUUCAGCGGGGGCCAAGACAACGCCUCGUCUAUCUCAACCAGCUUGAAGACGGUCAAGAUGCUCAGAAUAGUACGGAUGUGCCGCGUGUUCCGCUUCUUCAGCGAGCUCAGCCAGCUGGCCCUCAUGAUCAUUGAUUCCGUUAAGUCCCUUACGUGGGCGUUGCUCAUGCUGUGCAUCAUCAAUUUUACGUCGGCGAUCGUCUUCACGUUCUACGUCACGGAUUACAUCAAGGCUGAGAACAUGGUCGGUACCAAAAACGGGCCAGCCCUGUACUUCGGCACGCUGGACGUAUCUUGCUACACGCUGUUCCACGCGAUGCUGAACGGAAUCAGCUGGCACUUGAUCGCGGACGAGCUCUUCAAGGCCGACCUCCGCUUCCUGGCGCUGCUCUACAUACUGUACAUGUCCUUCACGAUGCUGGCCGUCUUGAACAUCAUCACUGGCGUUUUCGUUGACAACGCCGUGGAGACGGCGAAAACGCAGCGCGAGUUCCUUGUUCAGAAGGAGAUGGAGCUGAAGGAGAAGUGGCUGGCCGAGAUGCGCUCCCUCUUCGAGGAGAUGGACACCGACGGCUCCGGCACCGUCAAUCUGGACGAGGUGUCGUCGUUCUUCUCAGACCCGCGGGUGCAGUCGUACUUCCAGGCACUUGGCCUGGACGCCACCGACGCCCAGCGGCUGUUCACGCUGCUGGACGAGUACGACACGGGCGAGGUCGGCGUGACGGAGUUCCUGGACGGGUGCCUGAGGCUCAAGGGCGCCGCGCGCAGCAUCGACGUCUACGCCCUGAUGUGGGAGCACAAGAAGUUUACCCGCACGAUGGACCAGAAGUUCGAGGAGCUCGGUGACAUCAUGGCCACCAUCCCGCUGCAGAAGAGCCUCGAGGUCUGA